CUACAGGCGAUGACCAGAGACUGCAGACACAGUACAGGAGAUGACCAGAGACUGUGCACACAGUACAGGAGAUGACCAGAGACUGCGGACACAGGCAUUGGAGAUGACCAGAGACUGCGGUCAAGUACAGAUGACCAGAGACUGCGGACAUAGUACAGGAGAUGACCAAAGGCUGCGGACGUAGUACAGGAGAUGAUCAGAGACUGUGGACGUAGUACAGGAGAUGACCAGAGACUGCGGACGCAGUACAGGAGAUGACCAGAGACUGCAGACAUACUACAGGAGAUGACCAGAGACUG